AUGGACACCACCAUCCACAACACCCUUCUAUCCCCCCAUAUUAUUACAUGGCGUGAGAAUACCAGGCUUUACUUUCUUACACCAAACACUGUUACUAGGAACCAAAAAGCUUCAAGUCGUUUAUCGUUACCAUUGAAGGUUGAAACAAACUGGCAUGAAUUAAAUUUCAAGAAUCGUAUCUGUGAUAUGCGAUGCCCAAGGGACUAUGCGAGGGACCCGUCCACAAAGGUUGGAAUCAUUAUGUGCAAACAACAUUUUGGAGUUUCUGAAUAG